AUGUCUCGAUUGGUAAAAGAAAGUGAAAUAAAUGACAUUAUUUUUGAAGAUUUACCAUUUGAUGACGACAGUAUUUCAUCAGUAGACAACUCGGACGAUGAUGAAACAUAUUUCCCAAAGCUUUCUUUUCCAACCUGUCCACAAUUUGUUGUAGUUGAAUCGUCUAAUUCUUCAGAUAACGAAGAAGAAGAUGUUGAAAUUUUUAACAUUGAAGAAAAUAGAUCAUAUAUUUUACCAAGUCCGAAAAAAACAAGAUCGAGUCGUAGAAUAAAUCAAAAUGAAAUAACAAAUAAUAAAUAUGUUACCAAUAACCACCGUACAGUUUUUCCUCCUAUUCAACAAAAUAUUGAAAUAACAGAAAAUGAAAAACUUGCUGUGCCUUUACCGAAUGAAAAUGUUAUACCUGAAAAUAGUACAUUUCAACAAACUGAGUUUAUCGAACCUAUUUGA